GAACAACGGCCUGAAAACACUCAUAACAUCUGCCUUAUCCUUCAGUGUUCUAGGAUAUCCAUACGUCUUGGCGGAUAUGAUAGGAGGCAACGUGUAUGAAGGAGGCUUUCGAGAGACCUAUCUCCCAGACAAGGAACUUUUCAUUCGAUGGCUCCAGAUUACAGCAUUCAUGCCGUCUAUGCAAUAUUCAAUCGCACCAUGGCAGUACGAAGAUGACCCGGAAGUAGUCACUAUAUCUCGCAGAUGGACUAGCUUCCAUGAGAACGUUAUUACACCGAUACUGAUUGAUCUGGCAGAGACAGAAGCAAUUCCUGAAGGAAAACCGAUGAUUCGACCUCUCUGGUGGAUCGCACCAACGGAUCGAGACGCUUUGAUCAGUGAUGACCAGUUCCUAGUAGGAGAUGACAUAUUGGUAGCGCCCAUCGUCGAAAAUGGUACUCUUUCUCGCGAUGUGUACCUACCACCUGGCCGAUGGCAAAAUGCCAUCGACGGGGUGAUGUAUGAGGGAAGACAAUGGCUAUGGAAUGUAUCCGUACCUCUUUCAGAGGCUCUCUAUUUUACCAGGGAAGGAACAGCCUUACCCAUCCCUGCAGAUCGUAAUAUCAAAAUACAACAUAAUGAAGAGGUCGUACUAAAAGGCCAGAUUGGGACUCUGCUUGGAAACUCAGCCAUAGAUUGUUCCGGCCAAGAAGAGGAUGAUCAGUGUUACGAGUGGUCUUCCAAAGCCCGUUUACAUAUCCUGUCAGAAAGCGACGGCGACGUCAGGUGCCAUCAGUUUGGUUGGCAAGCAAUGACAAACGACGUUAUUCUUCAGGACUGUUUCGAACUUGGCGAUGACCAGUGGUUCGGCAGCGCCAAUAGGUUCUUUCAACAUUGGCCAAUCAACGAGUGGAACGAAGCAAUGACUAUGUAUGUCUCUGGUGAUAUGUAUGCCAAUUACAACGACUAUGGCUCCGUGCUCGAACGCUACUGGCUGUCGUCGAAAGGCGUAGCUAUACGAGCAUCGCAUGGUUCCCCCUUGCAUGUUAGUCUCAACUACGACAACGACAACAUGGUUUGCUUCAGAGGAGAGUUUGGAUCAUCCUACUAUCCCAAUCCGAGCAACAAAUCGGCUUUUCUCAAUUAUACUAUCUGCACUGGUGAUGACACCAGAGUUGUGCACGAUUACAUGACAGAUAGAUUCGUGAAAAAACCGACGGAUUUGCCUGAUACCAGAAUGAUGCGUUCUCCAAUUUGGUCCACCUGGGCCAGAUUCAAGACAGCAGUCAACCAAACGCUUGUUUUAGGUUUCGCAGACGAGAUCAUCUCCAAUGGAUUUAACAACAGCCAGAUAGAGAUUGAUGAUGGGUAUGCUGGAAGAAAUUACGGCGAUUUCUUCUUUGACCCCGAAAAGUUCCCCGACCCCGUCCAGAUGAUCAAAGAGCUCCAUGACAAAGAUUUCAGAGUCACGCUUUGGGUAACACCUUUCGCCAAUAUACUAACUGCUGCUUUCACUGAAGGUGAUGAGAAUGGGUACUGGGUGAAAAAUGAAGAUGGUUCUACAGCUUUGAUAAGAUGGUGGGCAGGAAUACAGGCUGGAAUGCUCGAUGUCACGAAUCCCAACGCGGUCACCUGGUUUGUCAACAGGCUUGAGGAUGUCCGUACCCUGUAUGGCAUCGAUUCCUUUAAGUUUGACGCAGGCGAAACCAACUAUUUAGGAUAUCACAAGACUAUGGAACAAAUCGUCAACCCUUGCGAAUACACAACAGGCUGGGUAAAGCUUGCGGCUCAACUGGGAUCACAGAUUGAAGUUCGAGUAGGCUUUGAGACGCAGGACCUACCAAUCUUUGUUAGGAUGAUGGACAAAGACUCUCAGUGGGGUUGGAACAACGGCCUGAAAACACUCAUAACAUCUGCCUUAUCCUUCAGUGUUCUAGGAUAUCCAUACGUCUUGGCGGAUAUGAUAGGAGGCAACGUGUAUGAAGGAGGCUUUCGAGAGACCUAUCUCCCAGACAAGGAACUUUUCAUCCGAUGGCUCCAAAUUACAGCAUUCAUGCCGUCUAUGCAAUAUUCAAUCGCACCAUGGCAGUACGAAGAUGACCCGGAAGUAGUCAAUAUAUCUCGCAGAUGGACUAGCUUCCAUGAGAACGUUAUUACACCGAUACUGAUUGAUCUGGCAGAGACGGAAGCAAUUCCUGAAGGAAAACCGAUGAUUCGACCUCUCUGGUGGAUCGCACCAACGGAUCGAGACGCUCUGAUCAGUGAUGACCAGUUCCUAGUAGGAGAUGACAUAUUGGUAGCGCCCAUCGUCGAAAAUGGUACUCUUUCUCGCGAUGUGUACCUUCCACCUGGUCAAUGGCAAAAUGCUAUCGACCGGAUGAUUUAUGAUGGAGGACAAUGGAUACGGAAUGUAUCUGUACCUCUUUCAGAGGCUCUCUAUUAUACAAAAGUGUAAUGGUGAUAACAUAUAGCUUGCAUACAGGAGAUAUUUGUGUCAUUUGCAGCAAUGGCAUGUACCAAAGUCAAUUCAUAGACCCGGAGCUCGAAAUAGUAUACAAAUAUACACUGUCUUGAGAGGUUCUGGUUAAUACUAUG